AUGGUGCCAAGCACGCUGAAGCACAUAGUCUUUGAUCUCCGUAUCUUAGAGAACCUACAAAGGAUUAUUAGUCUGAGUCUCGAAAUGGCAAAAAGUAAUGCGUUUAUCUACCACGCUUGUAUCGAUGAAAUCUCCCUCGAAGGAUUUGAUGGUAUUACCUUAAACGGUUUAUGGAAGCGACUCGAUAAUCGACCAGGAUUUGGACAGAUUAUCGAUUCUUACUGCAAACAGUUUCUCUGGCAGUUUCUGCGGAAGCAUCCACAUGUCAAGUUCUAUGAACUGAAAGAGCCAAGAAAGCUGCUACAAUAUGACAGUCUGCGAAUUAACGUAGCAUCAGACAAGGAUGUCGGAGUAUGGGGUUCGUGUGCCGACUUAAAAACGCGUUGCGACAUAACGGACUUGAUCAAGUCAGAGCCAGCUUACGCAGACUUAGAAUCUGUUACCACGAAGUUCAGCGACACACUUGUGAUCGUUGCAUCGUUAAAGCAGCGCGUCGGCGCUAUGGUUGGUCAUGCGAUGAAUGACACGAGGUUUUUUAACCUACCGUUUCUGUCGUUGAUUAACUUCGCCAUUCUUGAACGAGUUGGAAGGUAA